AUGAUAAAUUCAAACACUAAUUCCACCUCCCACUUCCCACUCUCCACGUCUGAAGCAGUUACACCAUCUUCCUUCAAUUGCAUUUUGCAUCUUCCUUGUUACACCUUCUUCAUUCAAUUGCAUUUUGCAUCUUCCAUGUGUUCCUCUGCCUCGCUUCCCCUCCCCAACACUAGCACACCUCCACCACCACUGCCGCCGCAACAACAACAACAACCACCCACAUUAUCAACCUCUCCAGAACAGAAUGAUGUAGUUUGGUUUUGGAUGGGAAGCACAAGUGGCAACAGACAAGAUGAUCCUCGCGAAGUUCAGAUGGAAGGAAAUAUCCCUCAUGUCGACCACAAUCAGGAUGCUUUGAGUGAUAAAGACAUUCCAGAUAAUCAAUUAAUUAUCCAUAGGAGAUAUCACAAUUGUGCAAGAAAUUUUCAUGAAAAUGAAAGGUUCCAAACAAUGCAGUUCCCUGCUCCAACUACAUGUAGACAUUGCAACGCAAGAUUGUUCCACCGUGAAACAUCUACCAUGUGUUGUAAUAAUGGAAUAAUUGUUUUGCCACCAGUAACAGCUCUAAAUGAGAUGAUUGAUAUUUUCUCUGACCAAAUAGUCGAGGGUCAUCAUUUCAGACAACAUAUUCAAGCCUACAAUCAUGUUUUCUCAUUCACUUCAAUAGGUGUUCAUGUUGAUGAAAACUUAGCAACAAGAACUCGAGGUGUGUACACGUUUUGUGCACAAGGAGCCAUAUAUCAUAAGAUUGGGAGUCUCUUACCAAAUUCUAGCGACAGACCGAGAUAUUUGCAACUGUAUGUUUAUGAUACUGACCAUGAGAAUGAGAAUCGAAUACUUAAAAUCAAAGAGCAACCAUGUAAUAGGCCCCAAUACAAUCUUCCUACUGCUCCUGAAGUUGCUGCCGUUUUAGUAGGUGGCGAAGAAGGUGGAAAUUUAAAACCAAAAGAUAUCAUUGUCCAAUUAACCAGUGGUCACCUCCUAAAUAUUUCUGAUAUUGUCGGAUACUAUGAUCCAUUACAGUAUCCUCUGUUGUUACCCUAUGGUAACGACAUUCGCCUUGGUGAUCAAUCUCUCUUUCUUCAAGGAGGUCGCUUCUUACAGCAGUACGUCGUAGAUAAUUACGUGAAGAUUGAGUCCAACAAAUUAAGAUGGAUACGUACUCAUCAGAAUCACAUUCGAGCAGAUUUUUAUCAAGGUCUUCUAGAUGCAGUACAUGCUGGUGAAAAUUAUGGAGGUAAUGUUGGUCAUAGAACAAUAUUACCAUCGUCGUUUGUUGGUAGCCCACGAGACAUGUAUCAGAGAUAUCAAGAUGCAAUGGCUCUGGUCCAAAAGUAUGAAAAACCUAAUCUUUUCCUUACAAUGACCUGCAAUCCAAAUUGGCCUGAAAUUAAAGCUGAGUUGCUACUUGGACAGUCACCGCAUGAUCGUCCUGAUUUGCUAACAAGAAUAUUUCAUUCGAAAUUUGAUGAGAUGAAGACUGACAUUCUUACAAAACAUGUACUCGGGAAGGUUCUAGCAUAUGUAUAUGUUAUUGAGUACCAAAAAAGAGUCUUACCACAUGCCCACAUGGUCAUUAUUUUGGAUGAAAAUGAUAAGUUACGCACUCCUGACGAUUAUGAUAACAUUGUCAGAGCUGAAAUUCCAGACAAGAGAUUAGAGCCUAGAUUAUACAGUGUAGUUCUCAAACACAUGAUACAUGGCCCAUGUGGAAUGUAUAAUGAACGGUCUCCGUGUAUGACAAAUGGUCGGUGCAAAAGACGUUUCUUAAAGCCAUUUUUUUCCAUUACUACACUUGGAAACGAUUCAUAUCCUAUUUAUCGAAGAAGAGAAGUGGAGUCAGUUCCUUUAGAGAGUAACCCAAGCGUCUUAGUGGAUAAUAGUUGGGUCAUUCCGUACAACCCAUGGUUGCUCUUGAAAUAUGAUUGUCAUAUCAAUCUUGAAAUUUGCAAUAGUGUUACAAGUGUGAAGUAUUUAUACAAAUAUGUUUAUAAAGGCCCUAACUGUGUUGCACUAGAAGUUCGUUAA